UUACUUCUAUAGUUAAAAUCUAAUACCACCCACUUUAACUGAUAAAAUCUGAACGAAUCUCGUCUAGAUAUCUACACCAAAAAGAAUAUAUCUCAUAAAUGCACUAAAAUAUGAUCUUAAUUGGUCCACCUAUAAUGUCAUGUUAGGGUUAGUUGUUACUAAUCUUUGAUUAAACCAUUUUCUUUUCUUCUAUUUUGGUUAUGAAAUGCAUGAUCAAGUUUGGGAGUAGAAGAUCAGUCUAGAGGAGCAAAAAUGGAGACAACCCCACAAGCACUUAUAGUAAUAUUAUUAAGUUGGAGUGUCAUCUCCCCACUCUUUUCUCUCUAUCUUUUCAUAUAUUUUUUUUCAAAAAAUAGAAAUAAAAAUAAAUAGUACUUCAAUUAAUCAAACAUUUGUCUUUUUGCCAUGAAUUCUCUUCUUCUGAUCUCCCCUCCACAAAAAUGCUCUUUGCCUUCCUUCCAUUCCUUUUUAUCAUAAAUUUGUAUGCUUUCUUCCUUCCCUGCAAUCUUCCCUACUUCACUCUCUAUUUCUCAAAUUAGGGCUUUAAUCUUAUCUUAAUCAUAUUUGUAUGAUCAUAAACUUCUGUCACUUCACUUCAUUUCACUACUAAGUACUAACUAACAAGUAUAACAACUACAAAAGAAACAGUCUCUUUUUAUUUCUUCUUUCUUCCUUAACAUCAGGAAAACAAGAACUCCUGAGAAUAAAGCCUUAACACAAGGAAAGCAAGACUUAAAAAAGAAGAAGAAGAAAAAAAGAAUGGCAUCAUCAAGCUCGUACAACUGUCCAUGCGCAGCCUGCAAGUUUCUUCGUAGGAAAUGCAUGCCAGGUUGCAUAUUCGCGCCAUAUUUCCCUCCAGAAGAACCUCAAAAAUUCGCCAACGUUCACAAAGUGUUCGGUGCUAGCAACGUUACGAAGCUCCUGAACGAGCUCCUCCCUCACCAGAGGGAGGACGCCGUGAAUUCCUUAGCUUAUGAGGCGGAAGCGAGAGUGAGGGAUCCAGUUUAUGGUUGUGUAGGCGCCAUAUCAUACCUCCAACGCCAAGUUCAAAGGCUUCAAAAGGAGCUUGAUGCAGCCAAUGCUGAUCUCCUCCGCUAUGCUUGUCAUGAUAUAAGCUCCACCACAGCCGCAAUAGCAAUGCAGGGGAUCUCUCCUUCUCCACCACCACCACCUCCACCUCUUCCUCGACAGCAGCUUGAUCAAUUCGGCGGUUUUUAUCAACCGCCUGACCCUAAUUCACACCUCUUAUCUUACCCUCUUCUUCCAUGGAAUGACAUGAAUAAUGUUGAUCAGCAGAGAGGAGAUGAUCAUCAUCAAGGUAAUAUGUAAUCUUAUAUAUUCAUUCCAUCUACUUAAUUAAUUAAUCAAUUCCCUAGCUAGCUAAUCAAGCUACAUUGUUUAUAGUAUCAUUGAAAAGAUUAUUGGCAUGAUUAAGGUGAGAACUAAAACUCAUCAUAAUAUGUCUUUAGCUAGGGUAUUACAUACCCUUUAUUUGGACAACUUUUUUGGUUGGAGUCAUUUCCAAUUAAUUUUGUGGGUGCUAUUAUAUUAUUAUAGAUUUUUGGGGGUUUAUAUGAAAUAAAUUCAACUUUAUACAACUAUGUCUGUUCCUUGGAUCAAUUGUAUGUAUUUGUUUAUUUUGUAAUGCAAUAAUAUAAUGGAUCUUUCUGUA